AUGAAACAAGAAGUUGUAAAAGCAAUAGUUUUGAUCAGUUUAAUAAGUUCCAGUAGUUUAGUGGACCAAACAGUUCAAAAUGAAGUAAAAAUCACAAACUCCAACAUUAUAAAUCCUUUCGAUGUAAAUACCAGAGCAGGAAGAAGAAAGCAUACAAAACUGACGAGAGAGAAUCCAAAAAUCACACAAAAGUUUAAAUGUCAUCAUAGAUAA